GCGGGGCAGCAGCGCGGCGGUGGCGGGGCAGCGGCGGCAGCAGCAGGACCGGGCCGGACUCUCGCGGCCUCCCGCGUCCCCUCCCGGCGCGAUGCGCGCUCGGGCGCGGCUCUGGCCGCUGCUGGCCGCGCUGGCCGCGUGGCUGGGCGGCGCGCGCGGCGCCAUGGACGAGUGCGUGGCCGAGGGCGGCCGGCCGCAGCGCUGCAUGCCCGAGUUCGUCAACGCCGCCUUCAACGUGACCGUGGUGGCCACCAACACGUGCGGGAGCCCGCCCGAGGAGUACUGCGUGCAGACGGGGGUCACCGGCGUCACCAAGUCUUGCCACCUGUGCGACGCGGGACAGCCCCACCUGCAGCACGGCGCGGCCUUCCUCACCGACUACAACAACCAGGCCGACUCCACCUGGUGGCAGAGCCAGACCAUGCUGGCGGGAGUGCAGUACCCCACGGCCAUCAACCUCACGCUGCACCUGGGUAAGCGCUGCCCGAGCCCCCGCGCGCGCCCGGGACCCCCGGCCCGCGGGGUGGUGCCGGCCCAGGCCUCGCUCUCCUGUCCUGGCCCCUUGCUGGCCCUCGGAGCCCGGCAGGAGGCCGCGGGGAUCUCUUGA